AUGAAAUUGUCCAACAUCGACCCCCUCCUUCGCGGCGACUCCAGCAACACAGGUCAUUCUGGCCGCGCCGACGCUCGACGCGCAGUCAACCAGCAGGUCGCCACCCCUUCUAGACGCCAGGGAACCCUGCGCGCAGGUAUGCCAGGCUCGUACCGCGCCCCGGUGACGAGCCCAGGCCUCCCUAGCCCUGAUGACAUGGAUGAGGACAGCCUGUUCGACACCCACUCCUUGGACGGUGUUGAAGAGACGGCCAGCAUCGCGGACAGCAAUGCGUUCGGCUCGCCCCCAAGAGCGGCCCACUACAACUCCGCUGGGUACCUUCGUGCCCAAACAGCCGUCGAUCGAGUUGCCCACCUCGGUGGCCAGAACCGUGGCUCAUCCCCUCUUGAGCAUCAUCGGUCUGCGUAUGGAGGCCAAACUCAGAAUCCUUAUGGACGUCCUACCGGCCAGCUGGGCGGCCAGGGUCUCGGAUUCACUGAGUCAGAGCGCCAAGCCAUGGCGGGCUUUGAUCCAGAUGAUGACUACCCCGGACCGGCUUCCCAUACCGAGUCCCGCCGCACGUUGUCUAACCCGUUCAUUGCUACCGACGAGGCCGAUGACCAGGCCACGGACUACAUGAGGGGAUUCUCGUGGGAGAAUCGCCUCGGAGACCCCUUCGCUGCGGGCACCGACCCUGGAUAUGAGCCUGACAAUACUCAUCGCGGUCCCCCUGCUGGUACAACGCGUGGCCCGUCUAACCCUUUGGGUAGCCAACAAGCCAAUCAAGGACGCCUCCGUCGCAUGGCGAAUGCCGGCCUCACUACAAUGGGGCAAAUGCAGUACGGAUCAAUCUAUGACGACGGCAACGAAUCCCCCGAUAGCAACGGUGUCCCAACCUAUCGUUCGAUUGCCCUCCGUCAUGCGACCCUCGCAGAAGCGAUGGAAUCAUUUCAGCGACCCAACCCACUUUGGAGACCGCCACAAGAUGACCCGACCGUGCCCCAGACUCCUGAGCAGAUGGAAGACGUGGUCCGCAAGUUGAUGUGGGCUCUAUUGAGCACCUCCAUUGAGGAAGGCGGCGUUAAGAACCCGCACCCGAAUGGCAUCCUGCGUGGACUUGGCACAGAACAUCUAGAGAUGACGGCCUGGAAGAUCCUGGAGGAGAUGCUGCGCCUCCAUGAAGAUGGAUGCUGGGAUGAUUAUGUCCUCAGCCCGAGAGACCGACAAUGGGGCUUUGCCACACGUCUCAAUUACAUCGUGGCCCUGUUUCGCCAUUGGAAAAACGCCGCGUCGGAUGCCAUCAAGGGCCAACACAUCGCUACAUUCGUCGCCGCCCCGUGUGAGCAUGACCGUCGCAAGCGCUCGAACGCGAAGGGCAACGCCAACAAGGCGAAGGCCAUCCAGCUGAGCAAGACGAUUGCGAAGCACUAG